GAAAUAAGUAUUUGUCGCAAGAGUUUGUUUCCAUUUAUUGCAUUUAUUUAUUUAUUCCACAUUGAGAAGUUUUUUAAAUACAGUCAAAUGUUUAGUUUGAUUUCUUACUUCCGAUGGUAGCUUGUCAUAAUUCGUAUGAAUGCACAGUAACAAUUUUAUAGGUCUUAAAGGCGACAAAACCAUAUCUCAGCUGCCGAUCGUGAAUUUGAGGGCAGUGUGUGGUAAGGUAGUACUCGGGUUACAUGAAACAUAAAAGUUGGGUGUUAAGGUGUUGAUAAGAGGAGAAGAUGAUGGUACCGGGGUAUAUACCUGGGUACUGAGGGCGUUCUCAGGUGAGGCGUCUUUGGACCAUUGCACAGCAGGCUGGCAAAAGCCGCGAAAAGGGUGUCCAAGCUGUUGGACGACCGGUGGGGGCCGUGGUGGCAACCAAAUAAAACAGAGAAUACGUUGACGGGUAAGGGUUGGGAGAUUAAUUCAAUGGAAAAACAGUGACGUAUGGAUGUGGAGGUCUCUUCUUCUGGCCGUGACAAUGCUCUUUUUGAGGGGGCUGUGGGCAAGCUGUAUAUCCCAAACUGUACACUAGGGCGAUUUCAGUUUUAGAAAUUUUUCAAGUACAUGUUAUGAGAAAGAUAUUGAAUUACAAGUUCGAUUUAUUACCAAAUACAUAGUUUGUGAAACUAUUUUUUACUAAUCUCUGUUAAUUUGCACGGAUUGAAAGCAUGCUUUAUCGCAAAAUUACAUUGUUUGUUCUAUAGAAACUAACAUAUGCUGGCAUACAUUUCCAUUUAUAUUUUUUGUCAUGUGGCUGUAUACAUAUUGCGCUACAGCGCUGUUACUUUUGACAAAAUCAAAGGCCUUAUCAGAUCGUGAAUAUGCUUCGAUGCCGCCACUUUUUCACAUGGAUGAUUUUGAUACCUGUAUGUCAUAUGGAGAAAAUGCUCUGUACUGUGCUAUAGAGUUCCAGCUCUCACCCAAAAAUUUACACAAUACAUCAGAAGUUUGGAAAAUUAUUCAGAAAACCUUGUCUUCGACAGAAUAUUUUAAACAUGACCUACUCAAACAUAACAUCUGUGUAACACAAAGAUGUCGACAUAUAGCAAACGUGGAGAUACUAAAUAACAACUCGAAGUAUAUUAAACAACUGGGUGAAUGUUAUAGUUCCAAUUUCGAAAAAAUGGGUCUCGUUGGAGAAAUAAAAACAACACGUUGUAGAACGAAUAAACUUCCAACUUUUUUAAAUAAUUAUGACUUUCUAUAUCUUGCACUUGUGAUGUUCAUCGUUUUGCUCGUACUUUAUGCCUCAUUGUAUAAUAUAAUUAAAGAUCCAGAUUUAAAAAACACCGAAUUUGAACAGACUAUCCAUGGUAAAUACAUUUCCGCAUUUUCCAUUUUUCAAAACUUGAAACGUUUAACGACUGUCAACCUAAAAGAUCCAGAUAUGGAAGCACUCAGUUGUCUACAAGGUGUCCGCGUUAUUAACAUAGUUACAGUCAUUGUUAGUCACAGCCUAACAAUUAACUUUGCAUUUGCAGCUAUUAAUCCUAGAUAUUUGGAAACUUUACUACUUAGUAACAAUCUCGGUGACGAAGCUAUUCGUUUAGAUUCUAACUACAACAUUGUCCAGCCUAUUCUGCUGAUCUCUUCGUGGCUGUUAACUUACAACGUUUUGAAGGAAUGCGAAGUCAGGCGAAAAAUGUCUAUCUCGUACCUUGUUUGCAGAUUCUGGAGCAGAUAUUUCAGAUUAGCGCCAUGUAUGGCUGUGGUACUUCUAUAUUCCGCAACAUGGAUGCCACAUCUAACAGAUGGUCCAGUUUGGGAUCACACUGUCUUAGACGAACAUCAAAUGUGUCGAAGAAACUGGUGGAUCAAUCUGUUAUUCCUUCAUAAUUUUCAACAUUUCCAGGAAAUGUGUGGGACGCAUCUGUGGUUCAUUGCUGUAGAUCUACAACUUUACUUGAUAGGUUUAAUUAUUCUCUGGGUUAUAUGGCACUACCCACGUAAAACGUUUUGGCUGUUUGGAAGUAUGUGGAUCUGUCAUGUGAUUUAUGUUUUCUUCAGAAUCUAUAACAGGAUAAACUUUAUUGAUUUAUCGAACCAAAGUCAGUUUGAUGAAGAAAAUUUAGUUGAAAUUUUUAAUGUUUACAAGCUUUGCUGGUCCAAUAUUCCAGCAGUUUUAGGUGGUAUAACAUACGGUUACAUUUUCUACAAGUAUAAGAACAAAAAGUUAUCUACAAAUAAAACCCAUGUAGUAUUAUGGUGGAUUUUAAGUUGGGGUACAAUUAUAGGUUUAUCCAAAGUUUUGGGAUUAGCACUGGAUACUUUUCAAAAUAACGUAAAUGAAGUCUUGGCAUUUCGUUUGUGUUUGACCAGGACUAUCUACAUUUUUGGUUUUGGUUUGUUCGUUUUGGGUCUGACACUUGGACAAGGCGGCUUAAUUAGAAAAUUUUACACAAGCACUCCAAUGUAUAUACUGGGACGUCUAACUUAUGGAGCCUACCUCAUGCACGUCUUCAUCAUACGUUUCAAAAUUGGUAUAAUGAGAACACCGCGUUUUUUCAGUAAUGGCUCCUUGAUCUUUGACGUGGUCGGGGAAGUCGUAUGGUCCUUUUUGUUGAGCGUUCUGGUAUCGCUAUUUUUUGAAAUGCCCUUCGAAAAAGUAAAGAGUUAUGUUUUAAAAGUAAAUCAAGAACAAAAUAGAAAUUUUAAGAAGACCGAAUAAUGUCAUUACCACUGGUUAUAGAAAUAAAAUAAUUUACUAGUAAAAGCAGUUGUAAUAUAUAAUUUGAAAUUUCAAGA